CCGCUGGCAUCAUUCCGUACAUCCUUCGCGCCGUGCGAAUAGUGGUGAUUUACCAUUCCGCUUACCGGUACAAGUACGCGGCACUCGUGAAGUGGACCAAGCUACGGAAGGCGUGGGCGUCGAACGCUUUGUUGAUGAUCGCCGUGGCCUCAAUACUCUACGCCAUCUCUGCCCGACAUCACAGACACGACUACGGAUGCGCCUUCUUCGAGGAGACCAUUGUGCUCGGAACGAUGAUGUUGCUCAACGCCCCAGGCUUCGUUUUCCUGCUAUACAAACUCUCGCAAGUGCAAGACGUCUUCAAGCUUCGGCGGGAAUUCACUUGGGUGUUUAACGUGGUUUCUUCGGUCACAUCCGUGUACAUGCUAAUCCAAGUGCUUUAUAAAACUGGAGCUGUGGCGGAGACGCGCACUCUUCAUCUCGUCUUGGAAAUACUGACGCUGGUUGUCAUGCUCAGUGUUUUGUUUUGGAUGGUGCUGAUUUCGGUGGCCAUUCACGACGGUUGGUGCUGGUUCGGAAUGCCAAGGGUAGUCCCAACAGAGGGUUGGGCGGUGUCGGCGUCAACGCGUUCGUUGGAUCCAACGCACGGCGAUGGCGUUCUGGGGUAUGCCCAGGAGGGCGGAUCGGUCGCCUCCAUGUUCGAGCACUUCUGCACACGGAGCUUGUGCGCAGAGAGCUGGGAUUUCAUCGUCGCGGCUUGCAAAUAUGCGGAAAUUUCAGACCCCGAGGAGCAGUACGAAAUGUUCCUUCGCAUCACGGAAGAAUACUUGCAGCCAACCUCCCCUCAAGAGGUAAACAUCGGCAGCAAGAUGCAAGCGAAGAUGGUGUCGCUGCAGGACAGCGUCAAGUUUUCGAGCCUCGACGGAGACUCCCGCCGCAACGUACUUCAAGAGCCCCUGAAAGAAAUUGUGCGGAUGCUCGAGGAAAACCUCCUGAACAAGUUCAAGCAAACCCCAGAAAUGCGGAAGAGGCGUGAGGACCUGGAGCGCCAAGACUGGUUUAUCAAGCAGGCGAACUCCGCGGCGGCGGAGGGCGACGAAAACAUGCGGCAGCAGCUACUAACGGCGAGCAGCCUUCUCUCUCGAAGUGGGAUUGAGGAAGGGAACCCAUGAUACUUCGUAUACUUUUGCCGCCAUCGUCAGGAGGUCAUUUGGACACCCCUGGACGGUGCAAGCCCUGUGAGGGGUGUGGCGCGCUCUCUUUCUCGUCGUCGGUAUUGAAUGUCAUAUAUUUUAUCGCAGAACAUCAUCUCGCCGAGGAGACGGACCGUCUUAAAAGCCUCCUUAAUCGAGUACACAAUACCAGUUCGUCUUGACCUGCUCCUGUGUGUACUUGGUGUUGCCGUGGUCUCUCGGUUCACCUCCAUUUUCAGAAACGAUUCGUUUUUUUCGUCCUUGGCGUGCAUCAUUACCGUAGGUCCGUAUCUGGCCCCCUUACCCGAGAUGGACAGAGCAAACGACCCUGCUUUCAUGUACUUCCAGCAUGAUGAUCAUUGACGAUGUACCAACAAGUCCGGUCAAGAGAUCGCGAAGUGGUCAUGAUGUGAUUUAUGUUUACUCCACAGUAUAGGAUUAUCAUUUGGGGCUUUUUGGACGCGGCACCGGAUAGUUGUGGCUGGCGCACACGUGUUUUCAGAUCGUUUAGUAUUUCCCUCCUUGUCGCCGCCCCAUACCGAAAACCUUCGUGAUAGAUCAGACGACGCGGCCACAACGCUUCGCGUAGCAGCC